CUAAUUGUUGUGAUAAACUUAUUAAAUAGAUCAUGUCAAAAGUUCCGGAAACAUGGAGACAAAAUUUGACCGGGUCUGGGGCAGUCGACGAGGAUCAUUUAAAGGAUUUAGAAGAGAAAUUCAAGAUGCUCGAUACUGAUGGAAAUGGUUCUGUCACUAGUACUGAAGUCAGAGAACUUUUCAAGUCAUUAGGAGAGGAUAUUCCGGCCUAUAAGUGUCGGGAGUACAUCCAGGCAUUAGACAAAAAUAAAAAUGGCACAAUUGAAAUGGAAGAGUUUUUGACGUUAUUUGCCAAACAUCAAAUGGAAACUGGCAAAGACAAGACAAGAAAAUUGAGUCAAGCAUUAGAGAAAAAAUCACAAUUAGUCCAAAACCAGGGCAAAGAUGGAGCAGUGCACAGUUAUGCUGAGCCCGAGAAGCGAGCGUUCGCAGAGUGGAUCAAUCAGAGCUUCAAAGACGACCCAAUUUUAUCACAGCCCAAAUAUUUACCAAUUGAUGCAUCAUCUGAACAGCUGUUUCAACGGGUUCACGACGGAAUUAUUCUAAUAAAAGUGAUCAACAAGAAUGCGCCAGACACGAUAGACGAGCGAGUGAUGCACAAGAGUCCGAAGAACGAGUGGCAGAUGAGGGAGAAUCACGAACUGGCUCUCAACUCUGCCUCCUCCAUAGGAUGCUGCAUCGUCAACAUGGGAGCUGCAGACAUGGUAGCCGGAACCCCACAUCUCGUGCUGGGAAUACUCUGGCAAAUCAUCAAGAUUGGUCUGACAAGUAAGAUAAACCUGAACGAGUGUCCUGGUCUGGCUUGUCUGCUGGAAGACGGGGAGACCAUGCAUGAUCUGCAGUCUCUGUCCCCGGAAGAACUGCUGCUCAGAUGGGUCAACUUUCACUUGAGUAAUGCAGGAGUGUUCAAACGCAUCAGGAACUUCAGCGAUGAUAUUAAAGAUUCAGAAGCGUACAUCUGGCUGCUUCAUCAAAUAGCACCUCCAGACCUGGCGGCACAGAUGGUAAACUCACAGGCGGUAUUCACUGGCAAUAAAAAAGCAGUGGCGCAUUCGCCCACUGAAAUUGUGGACGAGACCGAUUUCCACAGACGAGCUGAGAUGACCUUGGACACUGCUGAUGUUCUCAAGUGCAGGGCAUUCAUUGCACCGACGGACAUAGUUGAUGGAAACCCGAAACUGAAUCUGGCAUUUGUAGCCAAUCUGUUCAACAACUACCCAGCCCUGGAUGGAGCCAGGGAACCCAUCGAGAUGGACUCAAUAGUCCAGGAAACCAGAGAGGAGAAAACCUUCCGUAACUGGAUUAACAGUCUGGGCCUGAAGGCGUUCGGAGUGCCCCUCCAUUUUGUCAAUCAUCUGUUCUAUGACGUCACAGACGGACUUGUCAUCCUAGCAAUUGAAGACCAGAUCGCCCCAGGCGUGGUCGAGUGGAAAAACAUCAAGAAACCUCCGAUCAAAAUGGAGAUAUUCAAACGACAGAACUGUCAGUACGCAGUCGGAUAUGCCAAGGGUGACAGACUGAAAUUGAAGACAGUGGGCAUUGGCGGGGACAAUCUGUUCGACCAGAGCGAAGAGGACAAUACCCUGAAGUUGGGUUUGAUUUGGCAGCUUAUGAGGGCCUACACUGGGAAGAUUCUGCUGUCAUUGCAGCAGUCACAGGAGGAUGGAUCCGGAGAUACACAGAAGGAUAUCGACAAGUCAAUCAUUGAGUUCGUGAAUAAUAAGUUGUCGCAGAGUGGUAAGCAGAGCAGUGUGUCCUCCUUCAAGGACUCCUCCAUCUCUACCUCCCUGCCCAUCAUUGACCUCAUAGACGCCAUCAAGCCCAGAGUGGUCGACUACACUCUUGUCAAUCUAGACUGUGCUUCUGACUCCGCGGCUAAGUUCAACAACGCGAAACUUGCUAUCAAUUGGGGCAGGAAAGUGGGAGCCAGAAUCUACGCACUACCCGAUGAUAUUGUGGAGGUCAAACCUAAAAUGGUACUCACUGUCUUUGCAUGUCUCAUGACACGAGCAUUGCAGAACAAGUAGUCUUUAAAAGACACAAGUUUCAGCAGAACUGAGAAUUUGGAAAAGUGUAAUUUAAGGCACCAAUAAUGCAAAAAAUCCGGUCACGAACUCUUCCGGGCACUUUGGAAGUUAAACGCUCCCGCUCUUGAAAGUUAUGGCAUAACUCAAAUGAAACGAAAAUAUUGUAAAUCUAAAUUGUACUGAAUUUUGUAAAGUUGGCUGAAAUAUUUUGUAAAUUGCGUAUAAACGUAUUGUCAUGUCGAAAAAUGGUUUUCGUCAUAUAACUGUGCUGCUAAAUCAUUCCCGAGAAUCAAUUAUCAUUCCUUUUUGAAAUAAUUUUGCAAAUAUUUUGUUUAAGCUUGCCUUGCCAAUGGGUUUAAGUGUGCUGCUGCUGCGUUAAAUUGACGCUCGUUCUCUGUAUGUACAAAAAAUAGCUGUGAUUUAAUUAGUAGCUUAUCAAAUUUAGUGCGCUUAGUUUCCUCCCUUAAUGAUGAUGGUCCUGUUCUACCCUAUGAGUGAUUUUAUUAAAUCAGUGAUGUAAUUUUGCAACUAGACGUCUAUUUUGUCUAUUAUCGGUCUCACCAAUUCAAAUUUGAAUUUCCCGUAUUUGAUCACAAAAAUUGCUUCAAGUGAGUUUUCUGACUAUAAAUACAAACUCAAAGUUCAAGUAUUCAUCAUUGAA